AUGACUGCAGAACAGCCUAACUUCGUGGAAAUAGAAGUAUCAAUGAACAACAUUGUUCGAUCAUCCAUGGAGCUGGCUACGAACCUGGGCAGGAUGAGGAAUAUCCCCGCUUUGGACGGCAGUGCCCAGAUUUUGGCAGAGUUGAGGGCCAUUGGACAACGCCUCGACCGCAUAGAGAGCAGACUUGAUGCAGCAGACUAUGAUAACGCCGUCGCACGGUUCAUGAACAACUCUGUGGCCGCCAGGACUGACAACGAGUUGAUUCCUCUCAAGACUCAAAACUUCCCCAUGACGCUGGUCGACAUUGAUAGAACUAACUCGGUUGAGCUGAACCGUCUACUCGAGAGCCAUGGUCUACCUACUGCAGGGACGAUGGCCGCUCGGAAAAGACAGCUAAAGAACUACCUGGGUGUUACAAUAGCUAUGAAGACGCGCAAUAUAGACUCGCUUCGAGAGUCCUGA